CAGAGUGCUCCGUAGUGGCGAGUAGCCGCGGCGGUGACGACUGUGGCGGAGAAGGCCUGGAGGGGCUCUGCGUUCUGGAGUGGCGCUGCUUGGGCCCGUGGCAGGUUGCAGGCUGCUGGUGCUGGGGCUGAAGAGAACGGCGAGUGGGUUCGGCGUUGCCCGUCGGGGUCUCCGCAACGAUGAGUGCUGCCAGGGAGUCCCAUCCGCACGGGGUGAAGCGUUCAGCCUCCCCAGACGACGAUCUUGGAUCUAGCAAUUGGGAAGCAGCAGACUUAGGUAAUGAGGAAAGAAAACAAAAGUUCUUGAGACUUAUGGGCGCAGGAAAGAAAGAACAUACUGGACGUCUUGUUAUAGGAGAUCACAAAUCAACAUCUCACUUCCGAACAGGGGAAGAAGACAAGAAAAUUAAUGAAGAACUGGAGUCUCAAUAUCAGCAAAGUAUGGACAGUAAAUUAUCAGGAAGAUAUCGACGACAUUGUGGACUUGGCUUCAGUGAGGUAGAAGAUCAUGAUGGAGAAGGUGAUGUGGCUGGAGAUGAUGAUGAUGAUGAUGAUUCACCUGAUCCUGAAAGUCCAGAUGACUCUGAAAGUGAUUCAGAGUCAGAGAAAGAAGAAUCUGCUGAAGAACUCCAAGCUACUGAGCACCCUGAUGAAGUGGAGGAUCCCAAAAACAAAAAAGAUGCAAAAAGCAACUAUAAAAUGAUGUUUGUUAAAUCCAGUGGUUCAUAACUCCCAAACACUUAGUCUUUGUAUUAAAAGUAAGCCUUAUUGUUAUAAUGCACAGUGGAGGACUGCUUAUAGAGCACAGACCUUUGUAUUAUAAUUUUUAAAAAGGCCCUUUUAAAUAAUUACAAAGAGUGUUUGCUUUCAAAUGCCAUGGAUUACACUUUUAUGGGCAUGACUAUUAACCAUUUUUGUAAAGAGUAAGAGUUGUAUAAAAUAAGAAAUAAAUACAAUACUCAAUUUCUUUUCAUAUUAGCAUCAUCAAACCUCUAAUCUCACCUUUUUACCCCUUCAGAUAGUUACGGGGGAGACACUUUUGUGGUAGCUGUUUCAUCUUUUUUGUUCCUUCAUAUUUUUCUCUUAUAAGAAGUUUAUCUGAUACUGUAAUGUGUUCAUGAAAAAUAUUCAGUUAUUAUACUUUGUUGUAGUAGAACUAUUCAUCAUGGAUAUUUCUGCUGCCAAUAACAGUCUAAAUUGUUUGCAAAAGAUUAGGUACUUAGUUUACUCUUCCUGAUUCAGCUCUACUCUUUUGGACCAAAGCAACAUGAGAGCAAAUACUUUCACACUGGUUAAGAUGGAGUUGCAACUAUCAUACAUUUUGGAAUGCUAUGAUCCCAAGCAGUCUUUAUAUAAUUUGAAUUACAUUGUAUGUUAGAUUUUUGAUAAAUUUGGCCAAUUUUUACAGAAGAAAUUAUUUCUCUGAUUAUUUGGUCCUGUUUAGGAAUAUGUAAAACUGGAUUUUUUUUUAUGGUAAUAUGUGACCAAAGUUAAUUUUCUUCCUAAGCCCUCAAUAAAGAAAAGCAGUUUCCCAUA